CUCUCCUGUUGAGAACAUGGCUGCGGCGAGGAGACACAAACGCGUGGCGGCUUCACAACCGGGAUUUCUGCCCUUACAGGCGGAUCUGGACGGCAGCGCGCUGAGCGGAGGACGCAGAAAGCGCGUCAACAAGAAUAAGAAGAAGAACUGGAACAAAUACAGCGACAUUCAGGAUGUGGAGGAGUUUCUGGACGACGUGAGACUCCAGGAGAGAGCAGCGGGAGGUCUGAUAGCUGACAAACCGGACGACAGCCUCUUCUUUGUGGACACUGGGAACCAGGAGAGCGUACCUGAGUCAGGUGCUGUUGGAAAGAAGGGCAGAAACUCAAAGCCACUACGGAUAGAUUUAAUUCUACAGCCAGAUUCUCGUAUCGCACCACCUAAAGAUAUUUUGGCCCAUCAGCGUCCCAAUGCCAAGAAGGAGCGUCGCAUUGCCCAGAAGGCAGAGAAGCUGGCCGCCAUGGGCGUGUUGCCACGGCGACAGAAGCUCCUCCGCAGACCUGCAGCAGCACCGUCCGUUAAGGAGAAGCCCGUAACCAGUAAAGACCCAGAGAGGAACUUCUAUGAUAUCUGGAGUGCCGGCAGUCCUGAGACUGCAGAUCCCUACUACCUCGAACAGACCAAGAAGAAGCUGGUUAAGUGAACUCUUUUCUCCUGUAGAGAUCCCGAGAAGCUGAAUGAGAAACCCUCCGUUCUCCCUGCUGUUGAAGUCAUCGCUCCAGGCGGCUCCUACAAUCCUGACUUCUUUUCUCACCAGGCUUUGCUGCUGGAGGCUCAUGAGGUCGAGGUGCAGAAACUGAAGGCAGAAGAGCGGCUGCAGCGGAAACUAGCAAUAAAUAAGGCAGAUAUAGCUACUGAGGCGAGCACGUUUAAAGAGCAGAUUGAAGGGCUGGUGGAGGAAGAGGAGGAGGAGGCAAAGCCGGAAGCGGAGCAGGCGGCAGGAGAUGCAGUGGAUGAAGCUGUCGGUCCUGCAGCACAGCAGGAGAAGAAAACCGAGAAGCAGAGGAAGAAGGAAAAAGCAGAACGGAUAAAGGAGCUGCAGAAGAAGGCGGAGCGAAAGAUGGUUGACAGCCGGCAGCAGCUCUUCAAGCUGCGCUCUAUCGGUGUGGAGGUGAAGGAGAUGGAGCAGAGGACCAAGACGAGACGGGUGCAGCGCAAAGCACAGCAAGAGGCCCAGAAAUCGCUGCCACGCCGUCUGGGCAGACUGAAGUUUCAGGCUCCUGAUCUGGACAUACAGCUGAGUGAUGAGAUUCCAGGGUCCCUCCGAACACUCAAGCCAGAGGGCAGCAUCCUCAAAGACCGCUUUAAGAGUCUACAGAAGAGGAACCUGAUCGAGCCCAGAGAGAGAGCGAAAUUCAAGAGGAAACACAAGCUGAAAUACGUGGAGAAGAGGGCCUUCAGAGAGAUAAAGUGAUCGUGUUUCCGGCGCUGCCGUUUGUUUUUCAUGAGCUGAUGUCAGAACAGUUGAUAAUGAAUGAACGCUCCGUUGUCUUAUGGUGCAUCAAUGGGGGGAAAAACAACUGACUGCUUUACAAAUGUGAUGGUUUGGAAAGUCUUCAGUGACGUCUCAGAAUCUCUCUUCUUUCUUCCGGGUUCCCCUCAGUAUAAUUCAUUAGAUGUGAAGACUCGUGUGUAUAUAUAUUCCAUAUGAAGAGCUGGGAGUUGAUGUUCCGGUCCUGCUUUUCAACUUAAAAGCCUGGGUCAAAAAGGUAAAGCAGCAGCUGUAGAAGUUGGCGUGUCUGCUUUGAUACUUUUCAGUAAAAGCUGCAGAUUGUGGCUUUUUUUUUCCCCUCCAGCCGAGGCUUAAUGCGAGUCUCCUGCCUGCCAAACAGUCAGGCUUAACGUCAGAGCCGGAAUGGCCCACCACAAUACGAGAGGUGAUUAAAGUCUAAUAUUUAAUACUGAAUGUCGGGAUUUGGGCUCCUCUGGGAGUCGUUUCUGUGAUUGUACUCUGUUCUUCUGAAAAGUAAUUAAGUAUGUAUAAAUUUCAGCACCAU